CAACUGGAGAAAUUGCACUGGAAUUUACAGUCCAGCUACUUCCGGUAUCGCUGUGUUGGGUGGGACAGCGGAAGCGGCAUUUUUCAGCGCUGUGACAUUACUCGUUUUCCUUACAAAACCAGAAAACUAGUUAAAAAUGCCGGCUUAUCACUCCAGUCUAAUGGAUGCCGACACCAAGUUGGUGGGAAAUAUGGCACUGUUGCCCCUCAAAACACAGUUUAAAGGUCCUGCUCCUAAAGAAACCAAAGACACAGACAUCAUCGAUGAGGCCAUCUAUUACUUUAAAGCCAAUGUUUUCUUCAAGAAUUACGAAAUUAAGAAUGAGGCAGACCGAACGCUGAUCUACAUCACUCUGUACAUCUCCGAAUGCCUCAAGAAGCUGCAGAAGUGCAGCUCAAAAAGCCAAGGAGAGAAGGAGAUGUACACACUGGGAAUCACUAACUUGCCUAUCCCAGGAGAGCCUGGAUUCCCUCUCAACGCCAUGUAUGUUAAACCUACCAGCAAACAGGAAGAAGAGAAUAUGAGGGCUUACCUGCAGCAGAUUCGGCAGGAAACAGGCCUGAGACUGUGUGAAAAAGUCUUCGACCCACAGACUGAUAAGCCGAGCAAGUGGUGGAUGUGCUUUGUAAAGAAACAGUUCAUGAACAAGAGUCUGUCUGCUCCUGGGCAGUAAGAGGCAACCUGGGGAUUUUUUUUUCCUCCACUCAUCCAUGUGGAACGUGGGUGGGAAUAAUAUUCCAGUUUUGGUUGUUUUUCCUUUUUCUUUUUUUUUUGUUUACUUCCAUUGAAUACCAGAGUUAAGAUUAAUUUUAUACUGCACAUUUUAUUUCCUGACAUCAUGCGGUACACCAUGUAUGAACAACACAAGGUGAUCAAAUAAAAGCUGUAAAAUAAAAAGGA